AGAAUGGAGAUGCAGAGAAAGAUACAAGAUUACAAAGAAAAGUGAUGUUCAAUCUCUUUGAACUGAUGGUGAGCAAAACUGACCAAGAGAGAGUUGCUGAGUCCGUUGACUAAAUUGCGACGAUUUCUGAAAUACCACGCCAGAUGAGGCCUUUCCAAAAGAUUUCAGCUUCGAGGUUACUGAUCUCCAUUAUUACUAUAGGGAUUGUUUCAAGUGAUUCAUGUAUGCACGGAAAGCACAUGACACAGGACGCUUCAACUCCUCCCCCGGAAGUCAACACCUCACUGCCCGUGCUGAUGGGUACAAAGGCUGUGCUCUGCUGCCAUCCUGUCCCAUUGACGAGUGUGUUGGUAACCACAUGGAAAAUAACUCUCAGACACAGGCCCACCUGCACAAUGUCCUACAAGAAAGAUACAAAUGAGACCACAGCAUUCAGCUGUGCUGAUGAGAGAAUAACCUGGGCCUCCAGACCUGACCAGGAUCCUAAACUUCAGAUUGACCCAGUGGCUCUCAGUCAUGAUGGGAAUUACAGCUGUGAAAUGAUCACUCAUGAUGGAAAUUUUUGUCAUAGAUAUCACCUCCAAGUGUUAGUUCCACCCGAAGUGAUCCUAUAUGUCCACAAGAACAGAACCGCCGAGUGCAAGGCUGUUGCAGGGAAGCCGGCUGCAAACGUGUCUUGGUUCCCACCAGGGGACUGUCUCACUGGGCAAGACUCCUGGGCCAAUGGCACAGUGACUGUCUGGAGCACAUGCAACUGGCCGGACAGCAACGUGACUAAAGUGACCUGCUCUGUCUCGCAUUCUACUGGUGAAAAAAGUCUGUCCAAAGAACUGCCUCCUGGUUUCAGAACAUUGGGCUGUUCAGUGUCAUCUUUACUGAUCAUUCUCUAUGUAAAAUUCUCCCUCUUCCUGGUUGUUCUGUUCCUCGUGGGAUUCAUUUUCUUCAAAACUACAGGAGAUUACAGGAAUGUGCUUGAAAGAGACAGGAGGGAUAUUCUUGAUCUUUUGCAGAGCAACACCAACCUGUGCCACUGGCGACAUUGAGGAUACGAGGCACUCACUUGGAAAGAAGCAAAGAUGGAAGAAACUCAGAUGAACCCGGCUUACCUGCCUAAUGACCCCUUGUGUGUGAGAGAGUAUACUGUUUUGUUCAACCUCUGCUGUUCUGAGGCUUAUUCUACCUACAACUGAACUUAUUCCUAAUCAAUACAAAUGCCUAGUGUGUAAAAAAGUUUUAGGAACAGAAAAUAAAAAAAC